AUGCAAUGUUCCUGGAAGGCUGUCCUCCUACUAGCCUUGGCAUCCAUUGCGAUCCAGUACACAGCAAUCCGGACCUUCACCGCCAAGUCCUUCCACAGCUGCCCCAUCCCUAAUCCCGUGAACUGCAGCCUGAGCCAGGAUGCCGAUGUGGCCGACAGGCUGUGCGACGAAAGCCCCACUUUCGCGUAUAACCUCUCCAGGAAGACACACGUCCUCAUCCUCGCCACCACCCGCAGCGGCUCCUCAUUUGUUGGGCAGCUCUUCAACCAGCACUUUGAUGUCUUCUAUUUAUUUGAGCCCCUCUACCAUGUCCAGUACACCCUGAUCCCAAAGCUGACCCAGAGCAAGAGUACGACAGACAGGCGGACCCGAGUUCGGCGGAGGAGCCUGUACGACUGUGACCUCUACUUCCUGGAGAACUACAUCAAACCCCAGCCCGUCAACCACACCACCGACCGCCUCUUCCGCAGGGGAGCCAGCAAGGCCCUGUGCUCGCCGCCCGUCUGUGAGUCCCUGGGAGCUGUCGAUCUCCACCUGGAGGAGGGAGACUGUGUGAAGAAGUGCGGUACCUUGAACCUGACGCUGGCCACCGAGUCCUGCAGAGAGCACGGGCACGUGGCCAUCAAAACCGUGCGGGUGCCUGAGGUCAGCGACCUGCGGGCCCUGGUGGAGGACCCGCGACUGAACUUGAAGGUCAUCCAGCUGGUGAGGGAUCCCCGGGGGAUCCUGGCAUCCCGGAGCGAGACUUUCCGGGACACCUAUCGGCUGUGGAGGAUCUGGGACGGCACUGGCAGGAAGCCGUACAACCUGGAUGUGACCCAGCUCACCACGGUGUGUGAGGACUUCUGGAACUCUGUGUCCACCGGCCUCAACCGGCCACCAUGGCUCAAGGGCAAGUACAUGCUGGUGCGGUACGAAGACCUGGCCAGGAACCCCAUGAAAAAGACCGAGGAGAUCUACGAUUUCCUGGGCAUCCCCAUGGACAGCAACGUCGAGCGCUGGAUACAGAACAACACCCGAGGAGACAGGUCCUCCUCCAAGCACAAGUACGGGACGGUGCGCAACUCGGCGGCGACGGCGGAGAAGUGGCGGGGGCGGGCGGCCCCCCGGCGUGUUUUCUGCCAGCAGGUGCUGGCGCAGCUCGGCUACAAAACCGCCAGCUCCGAGGAGGAGCUGAAGAACCUCUCCAUCAGCCUGGUGGAGGACAGAGACUUCCUGCCCUUCUCCUAAGCAAGCCCCAGGAGGGGCCAGUUUUGAUAUGGACUGUUUCUAACUGUUGCCUUAUUUUAUUUUCUUUUGGUUUGUUCCCCCCCCACCCUUUCUCUCUCUCAUCUUUUUCUCUCCAAAAUUUGCACUAAACCUUGAGCAGGAAUCUCAACAGAGUCCGGGGAAAGCGAUUGCUCCCCCUCAACACUUUUCGGACGCAAGAGGAGUAGGGUCUCUCCAAGCAAGAGCUAGAACUGUGGAUGGGUAACAAUGUUUACAAAACAUACAAAAUGUAUAAAGCAACCUUCAAGCUUUCCAAACCGAAAGGUACCUGGGGUACUGUACUUUGCACUGUUUACUUUUACAAUGUAAGAGGUAAAUAUAAAUAUAAUUUAUGAAUGGUGUUGUCCCCUCCAGAGUAACUCCCCUUGUCCCUGAUGAGCAGGUUAGACCAGAAGCUGAACGUGGGACAACCUCCUUGUUUUCGAUCUCGGUGCGACAUGUCUGUUUGUUUAAGUCCUGUUAUUGGGCUGGGCAGUCAGUCAGAUGGCUGUUUGGUAAUGCCUGUGAUAUUUCUUUGUGCCAAAAACCCACAAAAAAAAAAAAAAAAGGGAAAAAAAAAGGUGGUUGGGUGGUUUGGUAAAAGCCCAACACAUUUAAUGCUUUAUUUCUGUGUUUUCUGUAAAUAAAAGUGCAAUAAAACUGACCCAGGGGUGGACUUCAA